AUGGGUAGUGCGCAGCAGCGAGUUGGCGAACUGACUGAAGAGGUUGCGGAGGUGCGUGCGGAUCUGAAUGCUAAAAAUGCCUCUUUGGAGAAGUUGGAGGAAAGUCUUGUUGCUUGGAAGGACAAGGUGAAGGCGGCAAAGGUUGGUGACACGGAGCGGAUUCAGGCUCUGGAAAAAGAGCUGGGGAUGCUGCAGUCAGAAGCGGUGGACGUGUUCCGCUCCGUUGCAGGUUUCCAUGGCAGUACUGAGCCGGUGCAGGUGGUGGAAAAGCUUCCAGAUGAUUGGGUUUCGACAGUCAACUGGUACCUUAUUGAGGUGCAGACCACUGUCAACGCGUUCUGCGAGGAGUCGAGUGUCAGCGUUGGCGAAUCAAGUGUGAUGGCCUCCAUUGAAGCAAUGUCUUCUUUCUUAAAACAGGAAAAAGAAACCAUGAGGGAAGCAGUCGCGGCGAAGGUGCAGAGUGAAGCUGAAGUCGCAUCUCUCAAGGAAACAGUGGCCACGCUGACCACUCACUGCUCUGAAGCAGAUGCGCGCAUUGCGUCUCUCAAGUCUGAGGCGGCCAACUCCUCUGCACAGGAAGAGCGCAUCCGCGAAGUGGAGGCCGAAAACACGGAACUGAAGACGCGCUGCGACCUGCUGCGCAAGGAACUGCAGCGGCAACGGGAGGCGGUGCACCGAGAGCGGGCCCAGCAGCACGACGCGGCGGGAGCGGAGUCACCAGCGUCGACCAGCGCGGAAAGCGCGAGUGCUGUGCAGUCUGUUUUGCGGGCAGCAGCCGGCGGCAUAACGGACCGCGACGUGGCGUCUUUUGUCAGCAGCCAGGGCUCUCAAGAUGGCCUGGUGCGAUCGAACAAGUCCAAGCUGGAACAGCUGGCGAAGCAGAAUGAGGAGCUGAAGCGAGAAAACGCCCAUAACAACUCUGUCAUCGCGCAGUACAUCCGAGAACUUGAGGGCUACAAGGCAAACGAGCGCAUCCAAAUCGGUAUUGAGUACCUGCGCAACAUCGUGCACCAGUACCUGUGCGCAGCAGAUGAUCUUCGGCCGAAGAUGAUCCCGGCGAUUUGCACGGUCUUGGAGUUCAACAACAAGCAAAAAAGCGAUGUACUGGCGGCGAACCCGCGCUGCCCGCGAUUUCACUGA